UAAACAACGUGUUGAUUUUGUUAGCUCUUGAACUUUAAUUAAAUAGUUCAUAAUACAAUGGAGUGUGUAGCAAAAAACACUCGCAUGAUACAGCUGGGCGAUUAUAUUGUCAUACAGCGCCAAAAGUACACAAAACUGCAAAAAUUUGGCAGUCUCGAUGCAACGGCCACAUUGGGCAAGGAGCAUCUAGAGCUGAAAUCGCUUUUGGAUCAGCCAUAUGACUCGACAUUUAAGAUGUGCGUAAAGGAGACAAAGUCGGGUAAACGUGGUGCUCAGCGACAGCAUUCGUUGGAGUUGUGCAGUGAAAAUGAGCUGAGGAGCAUACGCGAUGUUCUGGGCAUCUCUAGCAGCGGUGCCGACAAUCGAGAUAUUAGAGACAAUGGCGAGGCACAGGCGUUAAAAUCAGAGGACAUUGAACAACUGCGCGAAGCUUGCAAUGAGUCCAGCAAGAUUAUUGAGAAGCUCGUGGAGAACUCCAAAACUUUUCACACACGCACAGAAUACUCGCAAGAUAAAUAUCUGCUGAAGAAAGAGAAAAAGUAUUUUGAAUUUGUACAAAUCAGACAGCCGACGAUACGUUUAAUGGUCGAUAUAUUCCACCGACAGGAUGCGGAAAAAAUAAUGGGCAUACGCGUCGAUACUUUGUCUCAGAUUAUUUCGUACUCUGGCGUCAGCGGCUUCGGCAGUUAUUUGUUGUAUGAGAGUGGCACAAAUGGACUGCUGCCCGCGGCAAUGCUAAAUUCAAUGGGUGCCAAUACAGAGGCAACCUUGGUCCAUAUGCAUCCCGGAAACGUGCCACAAAAGCAAGCAUUGCUGGCACUCAAGUUGCCACUGGAACAGCAGCAAAGAUGUAUAUCGGUGAAUUUGUACUCUGUGUUAAGAGAGUAUUAUCAGGGAGACAAAGCGGAGCCUGUGACUGAGACAGCAGAACAGCCUGUGGAGCAGGAAGAGCCAGUUGAGCCUUUAUCAGAGGAGGGCAGUGAUCCCAUUGAGCCCAGCAGCAAGAAAGUCAAACUUGAUGAAUCUACAAACUCUCAUAAAAAAUCCGCACAAUUACGUUGGCAGUUGGAAAACAAACGCGCCUCGGAGCUAAUGCAGCAGAAGUUUGACAGUCUUGUGAUGGCCGCCAAGGAGCAUCCCUCUAACAUACUACAAGCGUUGCUGCCAUUGGUGAAACCGUCGCGUCCCAUUGUUAUCUUUAGCACUUGCAAGGAACUGCUGCAAGAAACCUACAUGGAGCUUAAGACCUCAGGUAAAGUGACCAAUCUACAUGUGACCUCCAAUUGGCUGCGCACCUAUCAAAUACUGCCCAAUCGCACGCAUCCUGAGGUCAACAUGACCGGCAACAGCGGCUAUCUGUUAACGGGCUAUACGUUAAAAUAGAAACCAGCAUAACUAUUUGUCA